AUGCGACCUAACACCAACUCCAGCGGCAGCUCGUCCCGAACGCGACACCCAUCUUUCCAGCAGUCCUUCACAUCUAGCGGUCGUCCCGGAUCGAACUCGACCCGCGACAGUGAUUCUACCGCCAAUGUUGGAGCCUCGUCUGACACCCGGAGUGAAGUCUCGCCAAAUGGAUUCUUCCGUUCACCGGAGAAGACUGUUCAACGACAAGCCCAGAAACCGAUCAAGUCGCAAUACCCACCGGACGGAGAGAAACAUGUGGAAUACAUCUUGGUCGCCUCGUUCGACAUAGAUCGGGGCAGUAUCAUGGAGCACCAAUAUCCUAGCCCCGUGGGCGGCGACGAGAGCAUGCUGGCGGAGCUGAUGUUGCCUGAUCAGGCGCAUGUACGAAGUCAAGACUGGACCAUCUUCUUCUUACACAAGGACGCGGGAGUGGAGGAUGAGGAUCAAGAGUCGGGGCGACGAAGAAGAGGUCGGCGGAGGAAAUUGGAAGAACAAGGAGAUGAUGCAGAAGCAGGUGCAGGGACAGAGACAGAGGAGGAUGAGGAAUCAGACUUCGAUGAUGAGGAUGAGUCCGAGGAUGAGAUGAGUUUGGACGGGCCACCAUUGGUAUAUGUGCUCAAUCUGGUCAACACGAAACAGGACAACACGGUCAAACGAGGUGCUGUUGUCAAGGCCAUGGCAAUAUGCACGAGGCAUUCAUUCUUACACAUAUACAAGCCUUUGCUGCUCCUGGCACUGGAGCAGUACUUUGCGAGCCCACAAAUCGAGACGCUGGCCAGUCUCUAUGAGGCUGUCAACAGCAUGGAUCUCUCCCUCUUGCCACGACUGAACUACCUGGAAAAGUCCAUUCUUCAAGGCAGCGAUGCAAAGGACCUAUUCUUGGAGAAAUUCGAAGCGAUUAUAGCACAGCGAAUGUCAGAGGGUCUGGAUCAUGCUGGUCCGAUGUCGCCUUUGGAACAGACUGGCGCUGGACAACUCCAGCAACGAGUGCGAUAUGGACUUCCUCGAGAUACCCAUGAGUUCGAAAGCGUUGUUCAUUACGCCAACGUUCCUGUCCCGGUCAAGGUCCCGACGGCUAUCAGCCCGGAGACCGUCGGUGACUUCAGCCUCAUCAAGUUGAUCACCACAUUCAGCACGCCUCACACCACCUCUUCAGUACCGUUCGCUCCUACACAUCCACAUCUCACCACUUCAGGCCCCUCAACGCAUCCAAUCAUCGUUCUUUUGAAUGCUCUUAUUACGCAAAAGAGAGUCAUAUUUCUGGGUCACAAUCUACCGAGCUCCGAGGUCGCCGAAGCGGUCCUGGCUGCAUGUGCUCUCGCGUCGGGGGGUCUGCUACGAGGCUUCACUCGUCACGCCUUUCCAUAUACCGAUCUUACCAAGAUCGACGACCUCCUCAAGGUGCCUGGUUUCAUCGCUGGCGUAACAAAUCCAGCGUUCUCGUUGAAGACAGAGUGGUGGGAUCUGCUCUGUGAUCUGAGCACCGGCAGAAUGCGAAUCUCCAACACGAUUGACCAAGCACCGCUGACUGAAGGCGUGGCCUUCUUUCAUCAAACCACUCAUAACCUCAAUUCGGCUGCCAAUGGAUCGACCGGAAUCUCUGGCGAUGCGACUGGUGAUGCAGCGUUCAUGACGAGUGUAUUGGCUGCAAUCAAUGACCGACAUGGAGAAUUAGCGAUAAGGAGUAAGUUUAGGAAAUGGGUCGGAAAGUUUACACGUCUUGCGUCAAGUUUUGAGGAGACCGUCUAUGGCGCGAGUGCGCUGCACAUCCACAAUCCGGAUAGUGAGAGGCUAUCAGAUCAGCUGCCUCUGGAAGUCACGGGCCAUGGCUACGUGUGGCCUACGGUGCAGAGCAAGAACAACGAGCUUGCGGCGAACUCAACUCGAAUCGAAGGCUGGCGCAACACUCGAAGUUACUACAACUUCAUCCAGGAUCUGGCAGCGUUUUACGUGUAUCGUCCGGUCAAACAUCUGGACUUGCAACACUUGCACGACAAACUCGCCAAGCUGCGUCUGGGCCACGAGCAGAGCGCGAAUAUCUACCUAGCACUAUGCGGCGCUAUUCGAUCGGAUCAGGAGAUCAGUCAGCUGCUUGCUGUCGUUGCGAACGCAAUAUGGGAGAACAAGGCCACCGGUUCGGGCAGUGGGCAAACCCCGGGUUUGCUGUAUAUAGGCAUGGGUCUGUUCCAUCCUCGGACGGACGUUCGCGAGCAUGUUGCUGAGCUGCUGGGCCGUAUCCGCGAGCACGAGGCUGGCAGGCAUUUCUGGAACACGCUGGGCAGAUACGUUCGUAUAGGAUGGGAACGCGUCAUGAACCAGAAGAUGGAGCGAUUGGAGAAGCUGGAAGGGUCAGGCAGCAGUGUGAGCUGA